AUGACGAGAACCGUCCGCGAGGGAGAAGCCGCUGCGAAGCGUGAGCAACACGCGGGCGGCAAGGCGCGGGCGCUAGGCGAGCGCGCCCACAAAGAGGGGAGCGGGAAAUUCAACUGGGGUCAGCUUCCCGGUGCUGAUGUAGACGGGGAGACAGUCAGACAGGUCCUCGACAACGCAGAUCCAAUGUUUGACGAUGAAGGCCUCCGCAGCACCCAGAAGAAGACAAACUGA